CGCAUUCAGGACCUCGUUGGCUUCAGUGCAACCUACAAGCAUAGCAUUAUGAAGCUCAUGCUCGUGGCCACCAGUCUGGUGGCUAUCCUGGCCUUCGCUAACGCCGAAGAAGCCAAGAAAGCAGAAAAGGAAGUGGCAGUGACCGACAAGAAAGAUCAAGCAGCAUCUGACGACAAAAAACACGAAAAGAGAGGACUGGGAGGUUUUGACAUUGGAUUGGGUUACGGACAUGGUGGUUUCGACGGCGGUUUCGGCGGCGGUUUUGACGGUGGCUACGGUCAUGGUCAUGAAGAAGUCCACAAAACCGUCACUGUUGUUAAGAACGUGCCCGUUCCUUAUCCUGUAGAGAAACACAUCCCUUACCCAGUUGAAAAGAAGGUCCCCGUGCCCGUAAAGGUGCCAGUGCCCCAACCUUACCCCGUUGUGAAACACGUUCCCUACCCAGUCAAAGAGAUCGUCAAAGUGCCCGUUCACAUUCCUCAGCCAUAUCCCGUUGAAAAGAAAAUUCCAGUACCCGUUCAUGUGCACGUAGACAGGCCCGUCCCCGUCAAGGUAUAUGUUCCCCAGCCCUACCCAGUUGAGAAGCACAUCCAUGUGCCUGUCAAGGUCCCCGUGCCUGCACCUUACCCAGUAGAGAAAAAGAUUCCUUACCCCGUAAAGGUGCCCGUCCAUGUACCUGCUCCUUACCCAGUUGAGAAAAUAGUCCAUGUGCCCGUUAAGGUUCCAGUCGACAGGCCUUACCCCGUGCAUAUUCCCAAGCCUGUACCUUACCCAGUUGAGAAGCCAGUACCUUAUCCCGUUGAGAAACCCGUGCCUUACCCCGUCAAGGUCCACGUCGACAGGCCCUACCCCGUGCAUGUUGAGAAGCCAGUGCCUUACCCCGUGAAGGUGCCCGUGCCUGCUCCUUACCCAGUUGAGAAGCACAUCCCGUACCCAGUGGAGAAACCCGUCCCAUUCCCAGUGAAGGUUCCAGUUAUCAGGCACUACCCAGUCCACAUUGAGAAGCAUGUGCCCGUUCACAUUGAAAAACACGUGCCUUAUCCCGUUAAGGUUCCGGUCCCAGUCGUCGUCGGUCAUGGUCAUGGUCACGAGUAUUGAGAUCAUGUAAGCUAUAGAGGCUGCAGGAGGCAGAAAACAGAAUGUGAUAUAAAUAUAAGCUCAACACAGUAACUACGAGGAGAGACCGUGAAAUAUACCA